AUGGAGGGGUUCUCAUCAGACUCUGAGACUAGUGAGAUGGAGGAGGAGGGUGAGGAGAGGCUGCAGCCAAACCCUCUCUGUCCCGUCAUCAAGCUUUCCAAAGAGAAACUCCGCGAGUUGCCAAAACCCUGGGGGAAUGCUAUUAUUGUCAAACUGCUAGGUAAACGGAUCGGUAUGCGUCUACUCAAAGAUCGCCUCUCAAGGUUGUGGAACCCGUCAGGGGAUAUGGAGGUGAUCGACCUCGAUUUUGAUUUCUUUGUGGUCCGUUUUGCUAAUAGGGUUGAUUAUGCCCAUGUUUUCACUGGAGGGCCAUGGGUGAUUAUGAGCCAUGACUUGGAGGUAUUGCAUGAGAUUGGCAAGAAUGUGGGAAGGUUUGUGAAGGUGGAUGACCAUACUUGGAAGACCAUGGCUGGCAAGGGCCAACCUGGUGAUCUAUCUGAACGAGCGAAAUUUGCAAGAAUUUGUGUGGAAAUAGACCUUCGCAAGACUCUGGUUUCCAAGUUUGUGUUCGAAGAUGAGGAAUUCAAAAUUGAAUACGAGGGCUUGAACAUGAUAUGCUUUGACUGUGGUAAAUUUGGCCACAAGAAGGAACAAUGCCCUCUGAAGACUGCUAGUGUAGCAGAUGCAGCUCCCCAAUUGUUAGCCAGUUCCGGUGCUCUGGAUAAGGAGGUUGAAGACUUCGGGCCAUGGAUGAUAGCCAGGAAAUACUCUCGCAGCGCCCCUAGAAAAUCCCAAGCCGUUGGCAGAUCCGCCACUACUUCCGGUAACCGCCGCCAGACCGGUGGGACUUCAACAGGGACGAGGUUUGCAGUUUUGGAAAAUAUGGUGAUUGAUAAUAAUCACGACGAGAUUCCCGCCAACUCAGCUCCGGUUUCUAUGCCUGGAAAUGAGCAACAGAAUAUUUAG